AUGCCAUCGCGACCACCGUCCUCAUCCUCCUCGUCGUCUUCUUUUUCUUCUUCUCCGGGCGCUGCGGCCCACGCCCCCGGCGGCGCCAUGCCCGCGGACGCACGCAAUGCCACGGCGGGCGCCGCGGGCUGCCUCCCCGCGGACCAGUCCUGCUUCGCGCUCUCGGUCUCAGCCGGCGCGCCCUACUCCUCGCGCCGCGACGCCACAGCCGCCGCCGCCGCCGCGCGCGCCUGCUGCACCACCACCUCCUACAUCGUCGUCCUCGGCAUCAGCUUCGGGUCCCUCCUCGCCAUCCUGCUCGUCCUCUGCGCCAUCCGGUGGUACCUCGUGCGGCGGUCCGCGAGCCGGGAGGCGUCCGAGGCCGCGGCGGCGGCGGACGCGGGGUCGGACAAGAAGCGGUCCGGGGGGCUGGACGCUGACGCCAUCGCGGCGCUGCCGGAGUUGGUGUACCGGAAGGAGGAGGAGGACGAGGGCGAUGAGCGGGAGUGCGCGGUGUGCCUGGGCGCGAUGGCGGAGGGCGACGCGGCACGGCGGCUGCCCCGGUGCAUGCACGUCUUCCACCGGGGCUGCGUCGACGUGUGGCUCAGGGAGCACUCAACGUGCCCAGUGUGCCGUGCCGAGGUGGUCGUCAGGCCGGUCGGCGAGGGCUGCGCCGAGAAGGAGCGGGAGGUCAGCGCGUCGCGGGCGUCCACGUCGACGGCGCGGCCGCAGGAGAGGCGGGUGGACGACGGGGAGAGGGACCUGGAGGCGCAGCAGUAGUGUAUAUUACAGGUGCAUGGUAGGGAUUAACAUUAUGUUGUUGUUUUUCCUUGGCUGAAUCAGGGAUGUGAAAUAGCAAUUUGGAUGAUUUGUCUGGAAUUUGGAGGAUACAUGUAUGUAAGUUGGUUCUGAAUAUUACAUAUAGCACUGCUGAUGAGAAUAAAUC